CAGUAUAUGGAUGUGAACGCGACGUCAUCGCCGGCAUUCUCUCCCUUAUCUCAGCUGACUUUUGUUUAUACUCGAGCGAUUCCGCUCUCCGCCGAAAUGGCCGUGUGAACUGCUGCUUGUCGACAGCGCGCAAACUCCUCAGUGCAUCAACAUUGUGCACUGGCUCACUACAUUUAUUGCAAAAUGGCGUCCUUUGUGGCAGUUCACAACUUUGCUGUACCUGUCAGCACGAAAUUAUUAAAAUUCUCAGUAGAAGACUCGUUGAUCCCUCUUGAAAUAGACAGCCAUGUCUUUGAUGAGCUCACGGUUUGGCCCGGCCGAUAUGGAAGCCCUUUUUUGGGACCCAUCAUCACCGAUGGCUGACCCUCUGGGGUCCUUCCUGGUUAGAGAUGAUGAGGUUCUUCCUCUUGGUGGGGCUGAAUCGCCACUCUCAUCUUUCUCUUCCUCCUCACUUCCCUCCCUCACCCCAACCUGCACUCCUCCCUCCCGUCAGAGGGGGGAGAAGGCUGGGCUCGUCCAACCAUCCCUGUCCUGGAUCUCCUCAGAUGAGCUGUGUCUAGAUGAUGAUGGCACAGACAGUGGCAAAGAGCAUUCAUUUAGUGAGAUGGAUUGGAUGACAGAGCGAAUUGACUUGAGUGAGUUUGAUCUGGACACUCUUAUUGGUUCCUAUGACUCUGAGGAUCCGCCCAGUUCCCCCGAAGAACUCAUUGCUUCUCUCGAGUCACAGAUAGAGCUGGAGCCCCAGCCCUUAUCUUCUGAAAACACGCCUUCACCCUCUCCGCUUGCUUCUGUCCUUGUAACUCCAGCUUCUGUCCCUAAAAUUGAUCAACUUUCCAAUCUUUCAUUCACUUCAAUUACUACCCCUUUCAUCUCAUCUGUAUCUUCUGAGAUGGCAGAUUCCUCCUCUGUGGUUCCUGAGCCCCAGGCUGAAUUUGAGAUCAAGUCAGAACCAGCUUCCCCAGUCCCAUCCCCUUCCAUUCUUCCACCCAAGCCUCCCACUGACAUUCUUGAGCUUGGUUGCGAGGUGGACAUCUCAGAAGUUCAGAUUCCAUACCCUGUCGAGCUGCGGGUGCCUAAAAUUGUCCUGUCCCUCUCCCCAACCCGCAUUGUUCUCGUACUUGCUCCCAAAGAGGAGGUUAAUACGAUAGCUACCCAUCUAGGCAAAAGUGAGGUGGUUAUGGAGUAUUCCACAAAACCAACUUCUCCCAAACCACAAAUUCCACCAUGUCCCCAGUCUCGCCCUUCAAGGGUUAAGCCUUACUCUAAACCUGAUUCCAAGCCAACCCAAGAUAACCACUCAGAAUCGCCCACCCUUGCGGGAAGAGUGAAGUCGGUCAGUCGCCCCAAGGUUGAGAAAAAGCUGAAGAAAAUGGAGCAGAAUAAGACUGCAGCCACACGUUACCGACAGAAGAAGCGAGCCGAGCAAGAUACUCUCCUAUCGGAGUGUGCAGCUCUAGAGGAGAGAAACCAAGAGCUGGAGGAGAAAGCAGACUCCAUCACUAAAGAGAUCCAGUACCUGAAAGAGCUAAUGGAAGAAGUCAAGAGAGCAAGAGAGAGCAGAGCAGUGAGAUAGUAAUCCGAAAGAAUAAAAUAAAUUGGUUUGAAUGGACACAGAGGCUUGAAGCUGACAGAAAUGGACUGUUUUAGCAUGGGCUGAAGUGUAGAAUACCAGCAUAAGCAGGGAAUGCUGGGAAACAAGUGUAUAAAUGUUGGUUCUAAAGAAAGUAUUUUAGGGUUGAGUUAAGAACCUUUUUGAUGCUUCCCCAAUGCCUAAAUAGAAACGUAUCCUUUUAGUAUGUCAGUUCUGAACAAAGCCUUUUCUUUCCUUAGCAAUGCAUUUAUUUUAGCUUGCCUGUAAAAUUUAAAACACUGUAUUUUAUAAUAACCAGCUCACUGUGUAUUGAUGCACUGUAUGUCUGUUAUGAAAUUUCCAUGUUAAAAUUCUGUUGUCAUGUUUAAACUUUCCUAAUGUCUCAUAGAAACGUUAUAGUGUGCACUUAGUUAAUUACACAUCAAAUUUGUAAAUAUUUUGUCAUGUUGUGAUCAUAUUGUUGGAAAUCAAUUUAUCAUGAAUUUAACGAGUAAAAAAAGUACCGUAGGA